UCCACCUCAAAGACAUUAUUCAAGCUCUUCAGCAGAUACACAAACAAUGCAGUUCUCCUUCCUCGCCGUUAUUGUUGCGUUGACAGCGUCUAUGUCUGUCAGUGCAUGUAGCCAAUACAAAGGCCCUUGCAACGUCAACACUGACUGCUGCGCCAAUAGAGGGUUGUCCUGCGCUCAAACUCAGGUAGAAAUAGUUUGCUUUGUAUCCAGGUUGCACUUAAUGACUCGCCUUUUUCGCUGUGUAAAAUCAGAAACUGGGCAAAGUCUGCCUUAAUCAUCCCCAGUGAGCAGGCCGAUUUGCACGUUAGUAGCGACACAUCGGUGAGUCAUGUUUCCGCUUUCGUAAUGCCAGUGAUGUUGAUCGAACAAUCCGUAGGGCGCUGCUGAUUGAAAAAUGGCUAGAGGCGAUAUUGAGUUAAAUCAGAAUUCACGAGGGAGGCUCAUUCGCAUCGUGGUUUGGAUCUAAGCGUGCGCCACUACCGUGGGAGUAUUUAAUUACUCACUCAAUGCUACACCCAAGCACAUCUUUUGUAAGAAUUCGUGGAUCCCAGUGUUCGUGAGACCUCCGACUUUC